AUGGCGGUCCCAGGUGCCCAGAUCUCCAAGAGGAGAAAGUUCGUCGCCGACGGUGUCUUCUACGCCGAGCUUAACGAGUUCUUCCAGCGCGAGCUGGCCGAGGAGGGAUACUCUGGCGUCGAAGUCCGCGUCACCCCCACCGUCACCGACAUCAUCAUCCGCGCCACCCACACCCAGGAGGUCCUCGGUGAGCAGGGUCGCCGCAUCCGCGAGCUCACCUCCCUCAUCCAGAAGCGCUUCAAGUUCCCCGAGAACAGCGUCUCCCUCUACGCCGCCAAGGUCCAGAACCGCGGUCUGUCCGCCGUCGCCCAGUGCGAGUCCCUCCGCUACAAGCUCCUCAACGGUCUGGCCGUCCGUCGUGCCUGCUAUGGUGUCCUGCGCUUCAUCAUGGAGUCUGGUGCCAAGGGUUGCGAGGUCGUCGUCUCCGGAAAGCUCCGUGCCGCCCGUGCCAAGUCCAUGAAGUUCACCGACGGCUUCAUGAUUCACUCCGGUCAGCCCGCCAAGGACUUCAUCGACAGCGCCACCCGUCACGUCCUUCUCCGCCAGGGUGUCCUCGGUAUCAAGGUCAAGAUCAUGCGCGGCUCCGACCCCGAGGGCAAGGCCGGUCCUCAGAAGUCCCUGCCCGAUGCCGUCACUAUUCUCGAGCCCAAGGAUGAGACCCCAGUCGUCCAACCUGUCAGCCAGGACUACGGUGCUAAGGCUGCCCAGGUUCAGGCCGCGGCUGAGGCUGCUCGGGCGCAGGAGGAGCAGGCAGAGGGUGAGGAGCAGCCCGCUGCGGCGGAGCAAUAG